CGCCAAUUUCCCACAAAUUUCGGGUGUCACCCCUCAGUGUACUGCAUAUAUGUGUCGAGUUGUUAGGCGAAAGAACAAGUAAAGGGGGGUUGCUAAGAGUAGGGACAAUGGUUGCAACUAGCACUACCACUUCCAAAUACGACGGCGAAGGCGAAGAUACCGAGUUGACAAUGGAUAUGGACGUAGUGGAUCUAGAUGCACCAGAUCCGAGUGAGAUUUCUUCGAGCUCGGAUGGAAGUUGCUUUGAGAAUGAACCAGAGCAUGAUGAAAAGAAAAACAACGGAAUCAACCUCUUAUUACAUUCGUUUCUCCCCGAGGAUCAGUUCCAGCGAUCCAUGGUCUUGUUGGCCUCAGGGACCCUCCUGUUUCUGGUUGUCAUUGUCAUUCCCGCGGCAGUCUUGUGGUCUUCUUCUCCCAAAGAAAGUGGAAUCGACCACGUCUUGCUGCCAACGGCCACAGCCACAACCUGGGAAGCCAUUACCAACGACCCGGACUCUCCUCAACACGCGGCAUAUCAGUGGUUGAUGGAGGACCCGAAGCUGGCAUCUUACGAGGCUUGGAAACGGGAACAGCGAUUUGCAUUGGUGACGUUCUAUUUGUCAUUGAAUGGACCUCGAUGGACUGUACAUGGAGAAAACGAGUCUCGAGAGGAGGGAACCUGGAUCGACCAUCUCCACGACGAAUGUGAAUGGACACCGGAGAUGAUAUCCUGCAAUGCCAAUGGACGCGUCCAACGUCUCGUCACUUCCAAAAUCAAAGGAUUCAAAGGAUCCGUCCCAGAAGAAGCGCAACUGCUGACGGACCUGGCCGAAAUGGACUUUUCCGACAAUACUCUGCUGCAAUCUCUGGGGGACUUUUUACCUUUCCAGGCACUGCCGUCACUGCAGAGUCUGGUUUGCAACCGUUGUAACCUCGAGGGGACCCUCUCACCAUCCAUUGGGUUUCUGACCAAUCUACAGCAUCUAGCGUUGGAUUCCAAUCCAAUCGCGGGCGGUCUGCCCACGACACUGGGCUUGCUGACCAACCUGCAAAAUAUCAGCAUGGUCUUUGCCGAACUAUCGGGGCCACUGCCAUCCGAACUUGGCCUCCUCAGCAAUUUGCGUUUCAUGGACUUGGAUCACAACUCCCUCUCGCAUAGUCUCCCUUCCGAAAUCGGAAUGAUGACUGCCUUGGAAUCACUCGUCCUCUACAACAACAAGGUGGCGGGGACACUGCCCAGCACCAUUGGCCUCCUGACAAAUCUUUUCAGCAUUGGUCUGUUGAUCAAUCGACUUUCGGGCAGCAUUCCAUCCGAAGUGGGAAACUUGUCCCAACUGACUUCCUUGUCCCUGGGUUACAACAAAUUGUCGGGUCUCCUCCCCUCUACCAUUGGUCUCAUGGAGUCCUUGACAUUUCUGGAUCUAGAAGCCAAUGCUUUGACGGGAUCUAUCCCAAGUGAGAUUGCCUUGCUGGAUUCCAAUCUCCGAAUCAUUGACAUGGAACACAACGACUUGACGGGCCGAAUCCCACCGGAAAUGGCAACCAUGUCCAAUUUGGAUCUUCUCAAACUAAAAGGCAACAAUCUACAAAAGCCCGACCCAGGUGAAUUGUGUCCUCUGAUACGGGAGGGUUUGCAUCUCGAAAUCGAUUCAUGUCAAUCAGUAGUGGAAUGCUGUCCUCCUCUCUGAUGAUGAGGGAAUCCAACUACGUUUCUGUGCGCUGCAGAAUGAAGUUGAGAACAUACCCUAGCUAGUUUUUUUUAAAAGCGUGUCUGCAUAAUUCAUGGAUUCAUGAGCU